AUGAGCACUGGCAGCAGCGACGAUGGACCUAAAGAGAAGAAGACGCGGGUCUACAACCUGGCCGCUUUGGAUGACGACAAGGAAGACGACGUUGAAGCAGCGAAGGUCCCUUCUUCAAAACCGCACAAGAAGCGUGAGGGGGAACAGAAGGAUCCAGCGUCUAAAGGAAGCAAGACGAAAGCGAAGCAGCAGGAGGACAGCGCGCCAGUUGUUGUCGCUGCAGCAUCGGCGGAAGACAUUCUCUCUCGGUACAAAAAGAAGAAUAUUUCUACGAUGGACAGUUCGGAUCAGGGAGCCCCGACCAAGAAGGCAAAAAAGGGUGUCGCAGAAUCAAGUCCACCGGCGAGCAAGAGCUCUAAAGGGUCGAAAGACUCUGAUCAAAAAUCGUCUGUGCCAACGAAGAAGGCCGCGAAGGAAAAGCGCUACCGAGACGAGGAUGACUAUGGUCGAAGUGACGAUGACCGUCAUGGCUCGGCACCGGAGAGCAAGAGCAAAAAGACCUCCAUUCAACAGAAAUCCUCUGUGGACCCAGCGGUGAGCAAGAAGGCGAAGAAAGCCGCUAGGGGUGAUUCGCGGUCGGUGUCACAGCGUGGACGUCGACAGGAGAAGACCUCCAAAACGAACGAGAAGGAGACCACUACAACGGGCACAUCGAAAAAGACCGCUCCUGAGCUCAAAAGCAAGAGUGCUAAAAAUGCCCCGACCACGUCGAAGCAGAGUGACCCGCUUCCGUCGAGUCGUGCCAAGAAUGCCCCGAACACGUCGAAGCAGAGUGAUCCGCUUCCGUCGAGUCGAGGAAGCAAGCAAUCUUCGGGCAUUGUACUGCAAACGCGCAAGCAGGUACAGGAGAAGAACGUACAGGGGAACAACUCUUCCGGCGCGAACUCGGCAGCUAGCCUGCAGCCUCGCACCAAAAAAGAUAAGGACACCAAGAACUUGCAGUCUAGUGCUUCAGGCUCGGCAAGCACCAACCGGGCACGCAGUGCGAAUAGCACUGACCACCUGUUGGUGCCUUCGGACGUUACGUUUGUGGAAGAGCCCUUCAAGUCCAAUCGGUCAAGUUCCGUACCCUCUGUGGAUGACGACUUCGUGUCGGCUGACGAGGAUGACGACGCGCUGGUGUCGGCAGCGUCUGCUUGUCGACCGUCUCUCUCGCAAUCGCCGCGUGGUCGCGGCGACUCGAGAGGAAGACCGCAACAAGGUCGCGGAGGAGGAGCAAAAGCAGCGCCGAAUAAGAAAAACGCAGCGAAGCCAGCCUCUGGAACGAACCAGCGUGCUCAGAACUCCUCAAGAGCUAGAGUGGAGGGCAAACCGAACAAGCGCACUGCAGCUGCUGUGACUGGUAGGGACACCGAAAGCAAGCCCAGCACGAACGGCAAGGUCACACUGACCAAAAAAACUGACAGUCGCGAAACGAAGCAAGGAAACCCUGACAAGGGUACGAAGGCAAAGGCGCAAGCAAGGCAGGCUGACUCACGAGAAAGAGAUGAUGGAGCGAGACCACCACAACCUGAGAAUAUGAAGAGCAAGGCUGGGCGUGUGUACAACGCUGGCAGCACAAGUGGUGUUCCUGCCAACGGGCGUAGCGACUCGCGCGCCCGCUUACCGGAGAGGCGGCAAGAACCGUCUUCUGAACGCGAUACCAGGGUGAAGCGUCGUAGGAAAGGCGACUGCGUCGGCACGUUUGACCCGACUCUAGUCAGGGAACACUUUGAUAACAUGCGUGGCGACGCUGCGUGCCAAGGCGAAGGUGGCAGAGGUCAUCCAGACCGCGUCGGCACCUUCGAUCCUGCAUGCAUCGAAAGGCAGAAGUCACGAAAGACUGCGACGAUGAACAACCCUUUUGGCAAUCUGGAAACGGUCGAAGAAGAUCCGGCGGAGGACGAUGCAAGCCCUUCGUCGCGGGCUGGUAGUUCUCGUGCAACAGGUAUGGCCGCUGCUGGUGUAGGUAGUUCAUCUUUUGGUGCCACAUCAGGUGCUGGAGGAAGUUCGGAUAACAUGAAACAGAUCCAGUACACCCGCAUAGUACGCAAGAAGAUCGUGCCCCACGAGGAGAAAGACAAGGGCUUCAAGGACUUCCGAAAACGCCGUAUUCGUGAAUUUGAGGUGCUAUACAGGGAGAAAAUUCAAAAGGGGGAGGAACUUCUCUAAGUAGUUGCAGCAGAUAGCUGUUGGGAUUCCGACCGAUGGAUUUUCAGAAGACUAAGUACGUGAACUAUCAUUGUUGACUAUUUGUGGGAGUGGAAGACUUCUUACCUUUACCUCGAUGAAAUCUUCAUUAUUUCGUCAUAUAUUGUGUCUUCCUGAUUGAUGUCCUGGUAGAAAAAGAAACUCAGUUUCUGCCAUAGCGCCCUUCGAACAAAGUGCGACUUCGUACUAUUCGAAAGUGACGCACGGAUUACCCCUACGACAGAAAAAUCGAAGAAGAACGAGAAAAUAGAAAUGUAUUCACUUAUAGAAAUUGAUCAUCAGAUGAAAACUUCCCGUCCCCGCUAUUAUCCACGUUGUUCGGCAUGUUCAUAUUACUAGUCGAUCGUAUUUCAUGAUUGUAAUUUCCCUGUCAUGUUGUUAGGCUUUUGCUCAUCGUCCAUAACCCCUGACUCGCUGACCCAGACAUACAUGAUACAUAUAGGUGAGGUGUCGUUGUGCCAUGCGCAACAUCACUCUCAUUGUUCUCUCGCAUGAGGGAGCAUAGUUAUUCAAAUGAGGCACGCCGUAGUUGCUAUUGAGUCGUAAGAAUCUAGCAUGAGCUUUAUGGUUGGUGUCGACUGUCGAGCCACUGGAAAUCUAAAGAUGAACAAGUGUACCAAGAUUAGUACUGCUGUUCACUCGACGUGAUAAUGCUGAAUAAGGGUUGCGAAUUGCUACAGCUACGGCUUAAGACACUGCAAUAGACGCGGUUUGCGUAAUCGGGCACAGCGUUCUCGUUUCAAGGAAAAAUCAGACUUGUGACUACGGAGCCAAAUUGCGUAAACUCUGUAACCCACACUACGCAUAUGACUGUGUCAUUGAGUAUGUAAAUCCUCUCUUCGGCGGGGCUUGGUUUUGAAUCUGAUUUUUUUGAAGUCUAGGAUGUUGCCGUACUAGGACAUGGCGGCUUAGAAGCCCAUCUUCAUCUAAUGAACUCGUUUGCGACCCGAAGUUAUGUUUGAUCUGUUGGAUCAUAUUCGUACGCAGCAAUUGCAUCCGCUCAGUUCUAUCAUCACCAUGCAACAGCUUUGAAUACCUCACUUCAAGGUCAGUGUCUUUCUUGCUGGCAUUCUUUUCUUCGUCUGCAAGAAAAGUAGCGGAUAUUUGGAGUCAUCCACCACAUCACGGGAAGGGUGGAUGACAGAACUCAGUCCAACGUUGCCCCCAUGCUGUUACGUACAUAGAGCGCAGUGAAGAAUACACAUGUCUGGUAUUAUAUUAAUACCUUUUUUGAUGACUUUUUCUUUUUCCCUAUGCCCCCCUUCAUCGUGUUGUUGGUUGUAUCCCCCUCUUACUUUAUUUAUUAGUUAUCAUGUGGAUCUAGAACUAGAGUUGGACAUGGUUUUCCCCUCUGAAGAUUCCUAACAUCAGCAUCACUGACUCCUACAUGAUGUUCCAGAACUACAACACUGGCACUGCAGUUUGGGUUUUAUCUUUUCCCUCCCAUCAUGUUCAUGACCAGCUCCAGCAUCAGACUGGGUCUUGGUGCAGAAUGCCUUUUGACUUCGAGUUCUCCAUCAGAAAUUCUUUUCUAUUCGCUGUUGCUGUCCAGAGGACGAAUGUUUUCCUCUUCUUGUACGUUGUUAUGAAAUUCGUAGCCUUAUCGGUGAGUAACGAUAAAAUUUUAAAGCAUAUUAUGAAGUGGUGAUAAAUCCGG